AUGCAAAUGCGGUUCUACUCGCAAAAUCAGCACAAAGCAAAAGUGACGCUUUAUGAGCCAUUUAUUUACACUCUCAAAAAUGCUAAAAUGUUUCCCGUCACAAGCCCAGUCGUUUUCAUACAUUCUAAAGCUGUGGCGAUCAAGAAUGGAGAUGGGCUUGGUGUGAAGAAUAAAAGAACUUUAAAAGCAACUAAACAUUCAAACACAAGAAGAAAACAUUUAAAAUUUCCUUUAUUAAUAUUAAUUUUAUGGUCUUCAAAUUCAAUUCCCAUUGCGUUGCAUCUCGUGCAAUUCACUCGUUUUGUGUAUUGCCAUGACUAA